CAUACUCACAAACUGUAACGAGAUGUUUAAAUCCUCUGUAACAAACUCAAAAUCUCUCUCUCUCUCGGUCUCGAUUUCAUUCUCGAUCUCGACGCUCCCAAUUCUAGAUCUCUUGAUCUCUCGCCAUGAAUUCCGAAUAUGAUUAUUUGUUCAAACUGUUGCUUAUUGGUGAUUCUGGUGUUGGCAAAUCAUGCCUUCUGCUAAGGUUUGCGGAUGAUUCAUAUCUGGAGAGCUACAUAAGUACCAUCGGAGUUGAUUUUAAAAUACGUACGGUGGAGCAAGAUGGGAAGACCAUCAAACUUCAGAUUUGGGAUACUGCUGGUCAAGAACGAUUCAGGACAAUCACUAGCAGUUACUAUCGAGGUGCUCAUGGUAUUAUUGUUGUUUAUGAUGUGACGGACCAAGAGAGCUUCAACAAUGUAAAACAGUGGUUAAAUGAGAUUGACCGUUAUGCAAGCGAAAAUGUGAACAAGCUUCUAGUUGGAAACAAGUGUGAUCUAGCUGAAAAGAAAGUUGUAUCCUCUGAGACAGCAAAGGCAUUUGCUGAUGAAAUUGGCAUUCCCUUCAUGGAGACUAGUGCUAAGAGCGCGACUAAUGUGGAACAAGCCUUCAUGGCUAUGGCUGGUUCAAUCAAGAACAGGAUGGCAAGCCAACCUGCAAUGAACAAUGCAAGGCCUCCUACAGUUCAAAUCAGGGGACAGCCUGUAGCUCAAAAGACGUCAUGCUGCUCUUCUUGAACUCUAUAACUUUCAGUUUCCAUGGAGGAAUCCAAAACAGCUUUCCUCUGCAGUUAUUGGUUUAUUUUCCUGUGGUUAUUGCAGAUGAUUAUUUCAUAAUUCAAUUCAUUCUGCCUAUUUUGUUUCAAAAUCCGUACACAUCGUGUUCAGAAUUUCGGAUGAUAAUGAUGUUGGUAAUUUUUUUUUUUUUUUGUUUUCUGUUCAAACCGUUGAUCUCAGUUGUGUGCACGUAAGUUGGAACUUUCAUGUUUCUAUGAUUUCUUUAAAACAAAACAAGUGAUAAAUUUCAAGUUGAA